AUGGACGGAACGAGUCGUGCACGAAACGAUUUGCAAGGAACGCUGAACGUUCUACAGAAAACGCUGAACGGUCUGCAUGGAACGGUGAACAGUUUGCACGGAACGCUGAACGGAUUGGACGGAACGCUGAACGGUCUGCACAGAACGCUGAGAGAUGUGCACGGAACGAAACAAAACGCUUUGGAGGUGUCUGCACGUUUCUAUGGGCAUGGCUUGAUCAUGGACGGAACGAGUCGUGCACGAAACGAUUUGCAAGGAACGCUGAACGGUCUACAGAAAACGCUGAACUGUCUGCAUGGAACGGUGAACAGUUUGCACGAAACGGUGAACGGUUUCCACGGAACACUGAACGGUCUGCACGGAAGGCUGAGGGAUUUGCACGGAACGAAACAAAACACUUUGGAGGUGUAG